CACGUCUACUUAAGUGUUUCUAGAAAACUUAAAGUGUUCUACGAUGGAAUUUUCUCAGGUUUGAACUUCUUGCCCUGGAAGCUGUGCGUCACCAUAAUGAGGCUUGUAAUUCUUGAUAACUAUGACUUGGCUAGUGAAUGGGCAGCCAAAUACAUCUGUAAUCGCAUCAUUCAGUUCAAACCGGGACAGGACAGAUAUUUUACACUGGGUUUACCAACAGGGAGUACACCUUUAGGAUGUUAUAAAAAACUAAUAGAAUAUCACAAGAAUGGAGACAUUUCUUUUAAAUAUGUGAAGACCUUUAACAUGGAUGAAUAUGUAGGACUUCCCAGAAAUCAUCCUGAAAGUUACCAUUCUUACAUGUGGAAUAACUUUUUUAAGCAUAUUGAUAUAGAUCCUAAUAAUGCCCAUAUCCUUGAUGGGAAUGCUGCAGAUUUACAAGCAGAAUGUGAUGCGUUUGAAAAGAAAAUAAAAGAAGCUGGAGGAAUUGAUCUUUUUGUUGGAGGAAUUGGUCCGGAUGGUCAUAUCGCUUUCAAUGAGCCAGGAUCCAGUUUAGUAUCAAGGACAAGAUUAAAGACUCUAGCAAUGGACACCAUUUUGGCAAAUGCUAAAUAUUUUGAUGGAGAUUUAUCGAAGGUGCCGACUAUGGCUCUAACAGUUGGUGUGGGGACAGUGAUGGAUGCUAGAGAAGUAAGAAUAAAUGUUCUUUGAUGUUUUUCCUUUGCUAUCUAUAGAUUUUGGAGGAAUUACGGUGCCAAAUAAGUAAUAUUUUGUUGCAUCCUGAUCACAUUUUAAAUUGUCUAGCUUUCAAUAACUUCUGUGAGUCUCAUUGCCAUGUUUAAAGUUUAACUAAAUUAAGUCUUUCGAUGCUGUAAACUAAGAAUAGGCACCACCUCUUUCAGGACACUGCUUCACUCGCCUAUUCCUGCUUUACAGUUUGGGGUCCUCAAAUCACCCUGAUCAUAUAUGGUCUGUUUUUAAGUGAAAGUCUUAUGAAAAGCUGUUGGACGAAGAUGCAAUACUAUUUUGGAGGCUCAGGAUAAUUGAAUGUAAUGUGCUUCUUGACUGUAGGAGGAUAGCCCAGUUGGUUUCCAGCAGAAAAAGAACUCAUCUGGGACUCAAGUUGGUAUAUUUUAAAAGGUUCUAAGUUUGGUGUAUUUAAAAAGGCAAGAGCUCUGAACAGUAGACCCUGCCUAAUUUUUAAAUUUUUAAUUGGGCUGUCAUUUCCUUCCCUGAAAAUGACAAAACUACACUUAGCUCAUGAUUCUCAGUGGUUAAAUUAUAUGGAAAUCCUGAACUCCGUUCCUUUCUGGCAGCUGGAUGGGACAGUUGCAGAGGAAAGAGUGCAGGCAAGGGAAUGAUGAAUAAGUAACUAAUCUUGAUGCAAAUAUAUCUUGACUUGAACUUACAAAUAGAACUGUCAUUCAAAAUGUAGGAAUAUUUCAUCUAAAGUCAUCAGUAUAUGAAAAACCUUUCAAGGACUGAAAUUUUUUAGUAAAUAAGUUGAAAACAAGACUUUAGAG